AUGGCACAACUCGGACUUCUCGUUCUGCUUCUCUCGGUCUGCGCACCUUGGCUGGUCCAAAGCGCUCCUUCAAAUCACGAAUUUGAGAGUCGGCAAGCCUCAGCAUCUUCCUGGUGGCUAUCGCAAGUACAGCGCCAGGGCACCGUCGCAUACACUACGGACUCUCCUAUUCCGCCGUCCGAUGGCUACCGAGUGUUUCGCAAUGUCCACGACUUCGGCGCGACCGGAGAUGGCAACACAGACGAUUUCGAGGCCAUUACUCGGGCGAUGAUUGAUGGCAAUCGGUGUCUUGAUAAUUGCAACUCCUCAACCGUUCUGCCAGCGCUGGUCUACUUUCCUCCAGGCACGUAUCGGAUUUCCAAGCCUAUCGUCAUGCCGUACUAUACACAGAUGGUUGGCGACGCUGUGCAAAUUCCAACAAUCAAAGGUCUUUCGACGUUUGAGGGUAUCGCACUCAUUGACUCCAACCCGUACUACCCUGGCCAGCAGAAUCCUGAUGGUAGUGGCAUCAACUGGUAUCGUAAUCAGAACAACUUCUUUCGACAACUUCGCAAUUUCAAUAUCGAUUUGACUGACAUGCCUGAGGUCAACCCUGAUGGCGUCUCCGGUCCUGCUGGCUUGCACUGGCAAGUUGCUCAAGCCACAAGUCUGCAGAACCUCGUCUUCAACAUGAAGCCGAAGAGUGGUACCAACAAGCAGCAAGGCAUUUAUAUGGAGAACGGCAGUGGAGGCAUGAUGUCGGAUUUGACAUUCAACGGAGGUGCGAUCGGGAUGGCUGUUAGUAACCAGCAAUUCACGACACGCAACUUGACUUUUGUUGGCUGUCAGACUGCUAUUCAGCUUGGUUGGGACUGGCUGUGGACAUUCAAAUCAGUUUCAGUGACCGGCGCUGAUGUCGCGAUCGAUAUGAGCGCAUUGCAAAACGGGGUCAACCAGACAGUCGGGUCUGUUCUGCUGGUGGACAGCUUCAUCAGAAAUUCCGCCGCUGGCAUCAAGACUUCGCGCAACGCGACCAGCCUCCCAGACACGGCUGGCACACUUGUCGUGCAGAACGUUGACUUUUCUGGUACGACGAGCGCGAUCAUUGGUGUGAACGGCGACACCAUCCUUCCAGGCGGUUCAUCAAUUGGCAUGUGGAUUCAGGGUGAUGCUUACGUUGCAGCCGAAGAGGGAAGUCCUGCUCUCGCUGCUGACAGUCCAAACUCAGCCGCUAAGCGGGCUCCUCAAGCAAACACACCGAUGGACGGAUGCGUCGAAUCUACCUCCAACUACUUCCCCAUUCCAGGCUCUGUGACAGAAUCUCCUACUUCUGCCGUCGGCGUUACUAACGCUGCUGUCGCCGCUGUAGCGACCUCGACCACGUGGACAACUGUAGUCGUCACACUCUUCACUGCCUCUGAUGGCUCUGUGGUCAGCACCGCGACAGGAAGCGACUCAACUGCCGGCGCCAGUCUGUCUCCUGCAGGCGUGUCAAGCGAGACAUUCACGAGCUUCCCGAGCUCCACGACUUCCACGAGCACCACGAACACCGUACCCACUUCGUCCCCCGAGCCAUCUGUCGAUAGCAGUGUUGGAGCGUCUUCCACCAGCUCAGCCUCAGCCUCCGCAAGCUCCACUGCAAAGCGAGUACCAGGAGCGUGCCAGAGUCCCGCCGCCGCUGCUCAGCCUACGACUCUCGCGCAAGUCUGGAACAAACCGUCGUUCUCCAGCUCGCUACUGAACUCCAACGGAGCACUGUUCGAACGAGCUAAGCCGCAAUAUCAGGAUGUUCCAGCAUCUUCGUUUAUCAGUGUCAAAUCUCAGGGUGCAAGAGGCGAUGGAAUUACUGACGACUCUGAUGCAAUCCAGAACGUCUUAAAUUCUGCUACCACAGGUCAGAUCGUCUACUUCGACCAUGGUGCUUACCUCGUCAAGAAAACAAUCAAUGUACCGAAAGAUAUCCGCAUUGUUGGCGAGAUCUGGCCUCUUAUCAUGGUUGAUGGCCCUUCAUUCAGUGAUGUCAACAGUCCUCAGCCAGUCUUCCGUGUUGGCCAGCCAGGCGAUGCGGGCUCGGUCGAAAUCACAGAUCUCAUGUUCGAGACUCGUGGUCCAGCUCCAGGCGCCAUCAUCAUGGAAUGGAAUGUUCAGGACCCUACUGGCCAACAAGGUGUCAACGGCAUGUGGGACGUCCACAUCCGCGUUGGUGGAUCUGCAGGCACACAACUCCAGACUGAUCAGUGCCGCGGAUCGACACCUGAUAGCAAGACCUUCAACUCAAACUGCUAUGGUGCUUUCCUCAUGAUGCACAUCACGCAAGAAGCUACCGCCUAUUUCGAGAACUGCUGGUUUUGGGUCGCUGACCACGAGCUGGACAAGCCUGGCGAAGACAAGCUCAAUAUCUACAACGGACGCGGUGUCUUGAUCGAAUCUCAAGGUCCAGUUUGGCUCUACGGCACUUCAUCUGAGCACCACGUCCUGUACAACUACCAAGUCAGCAAUGCUCGAGACAUCUUCAUGGGCUUCAUCCAGACAGAAACUGCAUACAUGCAGUCACUUCCAGAUGCACUUGGUAGUGGCUUCACCCCAAACCCAAGCUACUCUGAUCCAGACUUCUCGGACUGCACAACUGGCGCAUGCAAGAAGACUUGGGGACUGCGAGUCCUCGAUUCAUCGAACGUGUACAUGCUUGGAGGCGGACUGUACUCCUUCUUUGAGGAUUAUGAUCAAACCUGCUUGGGACCGGAAAGCUGCCAGGAGAACAUGAUCGACAUCCAGUGUUCGAACGAGGUGUACCUAUUUGGCCUGACGACCAAGGCGUCGGUCAACAUGGUGAACGUUAAUGGCCAGCCUGCAGCUAUUGGAGCUGAUCAUCGGAAUGGUUUCGGACAGACUCUUGCCAUGUUUCACCAAGCUUAG